UACGUGACAUCGCAACGUAAUUAUCGCAUACUCUUAUAUAAUUGGUGUAAUUUUACCAUGGUGUAUGAUACAGUAAAGACUAAACAAGAGAUAGAAAAAUAAAUUUUAAUAAUAUAGCAAAAAGACUUGGAUAAAUAUUUUGAGAUGAGGAAGUAGAACUGAAAUUUUUUUAAAAUGGUGGCAACAUUUCUGAAUGCAGUAGAGGCAACCAGGCGCCAGAUCAUCUCUGCCGGAUACAUAUUACUGAACAGGUGGAAAAACCCCUUAGAAUGCCGCUGCCAGAACCGCGUAAGAGGGAAGGUUGUUGUCAUCACUGGGGCUACUAGUGGCAUCGGCAGAUUCACGGCUUUUGAUCUGGCCAGAAAAGGUGCUCUAGUCUACCUGGCUGGUCGCAGUCGUGAGGCUGGUGCAACGGUUGUCAGAGAGGUGACGCAAGCAACGGGGAAUCGAGACGUGCACUUCCUCCCUCUCGAUCUCACAGAGUUUUCCUCUAUUGUCACAUUUGUGCAAGAAUUUUUAAGAUGUGAAGAGAAGUUAGACGUACUAGUGAACAAUGCCGCAGUUUUCCACCACCCUCCUAAACAAACGCAGCAUAACUUAGAAAUUGUCUUUCAAACAAACUAUUUAGGUGUCUUCUUGCUCUCCUCCCUAUUGCUCGAUACGUUGAGACAUACCCCAAAUUCGCAGCUCAUCUUUGUUUCCUCGGAAGCACACAGACUUGUGUCGCUCAAAGACGUGGAGACCUUUGACCCAAGAGAGGCAGUGCAUGCCGAGAAUUUUGAUGACCACAUCAAGCUGUAUGGCAUCUCAAAGCUGGCCUUAAGGAUCUUUGCCCAGUUUGUGGCAGAGAGUUUUCCAGCAUCAGUGUUGUUUUUGAACGAGAGGUCAGCGCAGGACGAUGGCACUGGGGAUGAGCUAAUCCCCAGCGAUGACUCGGACUUGGAUAUUGAUUAUGAGGCCCCAAAUAAUGAUGAUUUAGACUUCGUCUCACACAACGAACCAUUGUUGGACUCCACGACACUCGACAGUGACGAGCCUUUGUCUGCCCAUGUCAACAAAACGUGGAAUAGCAAUGGCAUCUUGGUCACGGAAGUCAACCCGGGGAAUGUGUGGACACCCAUCUACCGUCACGCCUGGCUCUCCUGGCGGGACAUGCUGAAGCGCCUCCUGUGCUCCCUGCUAAUGCAAGAUGUGCAGGAGGGAGCUCAGCCACUAAUCCACGCACUCAAUUCGUCUUCUCUGCAAAGUGGAAUCUAUUUAAGUGAUAUCCUACAAGCGGAAGGAAGGCCAGGCUAUGACCCGGCAGUGACGCAGAGACUUUUGGCUGCGUCAGUGGAGCUAACUGGGAAAUACCUGGAUGGAACCCCAAAGGAGAUUUACAAUUUCAUUUAAGAUGAUGAUAAUGAUUGUACUUCUGUAUUGAAUUUCUUCUUAUUAUUGUUAUUUAUUAACUAAGGUAUCAAAGUAUUUUUUAUAGUUUCUUUGUUUUUUUUUUUGAGGUUGAUGUUACUGUAGGUAUCGAAUUGUCUUGAAUUUUUUGGCAAGGGUUUAAAAAGAUUCAAAAUUGCCCUAGACCAUUUAGUAAGAU